CGGAGGGGGCGUGGUUACGGUGCACACCUGACGGACAGACUCCGCCCUCCCUCCCUACUCAGAUAGCCUCGCUGAGGCUAAGUGGCACGGCAUCCUGUCUUGGUUGCCACACGUAAGGAAAAACACAAAGGUUGGCAUCACAUGUGGGGUCAGCACGAUGGCUGACAGCUGAAACCGACCGGCUGACACGACAAUUCUACGGGUGACAUGAUGGAGGUGGCCGGUCCCUGGACUGAAGUAUUCGAAGGCUCGGAGAGGUCGGAGAAGUCGGGCCGAGCAGACGCGUUGCUGGGAAGCUCCACUCUGACUCUGGCUCCUCUGGUGGCCGACUCUCCGUCCAUACGGCGCUCCCAGCCCAUCUUCAUCGCCUCCAACAGAGCGAAAGGUGUCGAGUCCUUCUCCUCCUCUGUCCCAUCCAUACCAAACCCCUUUCCAGAGCUGUGCAGCCCCUCCAAGUCUCCGGUGCUCAUCAGUUCGCUUCCACCGCAGUCAAGUGACAAACAUCUGAUAAAGGUGUACGGCGAGGACAGCCACAGCAGGUCAGUGUGGGUUUCUCCAGAAGCCACAGCCAGAGAGGUUUGUCACAUGUUGGUGCAGACGGCUCACUGCAGCGAUCAGGAAAACUGGGCUCUGCUCGAGCUCCAUCCCACGCUGGGCCUCGAGAGAUGUCUGGAGGACCACGAGGUUGUGCUGGAGGUUCAGGCGAGCUGGUCCCUCAAAGGUGACACGAGGUUCGUUUUCUGCAAAAACUACGCCAAGUACGAGUUCUUCAGGAAACCAAUGCUCUUCUUCCCAGAGUGCAUGAUCUCCGACAGCGCUGAUGUCAGCAAGGGGAUGACAUCAUCAGAGCUCAUUCAGAAUCUGCUGAGGUCUGGAACGUGUCCAGAGAUUCAGAGUUUCCUGCAUGUAAAAGAACCCAGCCGAAAGGCCUGGAAGAAGGUCUACUUUUUCCUCCGACGCUCUGGACUCUACUGCUCCACCAAAGGCUCCUCCAAGGAGCCUCGGCACCUGCAGUACGUGGCUGAUCUGGAAGAUCUGAACGUGUACACUGUGGUGAACAGCCGUAAGCUGUACGGGGCGCCUGCAGACUUCACCUUCUGCAUGAAGCCUUCUGGAAACCCUGUUCGCACUCAGGACCUGAAGAUCUUGUGUGCUGAGAACGAACAGACGCGAACUUGUUGGAUGUCUGCUUUCAGAUUGUUCAAGCACGGGAAGCAGCUUCAGUGUAACUACCAGUUGUCCAAGUCGGCCCCACGAAGCCUGGAAGGAGGCAGACUCGCAGAUGGCAAAUCGAUGUCUGAGGACAGUCUGGUGGCCAUGGACUUCUCAGGGAAGACCGGUGGACGGGUCAUCCAGAACCCGAUGGAGGCCCAGAGCGCAGAGAGGGAGGAGGGACAAGCCUGGAGGAGGAGAGAAGCCCUGAGGUGCAGCCUGCCCAACUUGAACUCUGGCUCCAGACCUUCCUCCGUCCACAAGUCCCAGCCGUGGUUUCAUGGUGGCGUGUCCAGAAAGGAAGCGCAGAGGCUGAUUGAGAAGCAGGGCCUGGUGGACGGGAUGUUCCUGAUUCGUGAGAGCCAGCAGCAUGCACAGUGCUUUGUCCUUUCGCUGUGUUACAAGCUGAAGACCAAACAUUACCUGGUAAUCCCUUGCGAAGAGGGAGGCAGGAAGUACUUCACCAUGGACGACGGCCUGACGCUCUUCAUUGAUCUCCUGCAGCUGGUGGAGUUUCACCAGAUCAACAAGGGCAUCCUUCCUGUGUGCCUGAAACACCCCUGUGUCUGUGUCACACUGUGAACCCUCAGCUCUGUAAAGCACCGUUGAUAAAGAGCAAUUACACGACUGGAUCAUGUGUCAGAGCAGUGCAAAGGUGUGUGGUCUGUGAUAAUGUUAUCAGGCAUGUAAGACUCCCGGGACAUGAGUGCCAGACAUGUCCGCCUCUCCUCUCUUUAGUAUUUUUAAUUAUUUCGACUCCGCGUGCAGCUCCAGGCAGUUGCGAGUUUUCUUUGUUUUUAAUUAAGGAGCUGCCAUCCUGGUGGAGGUGGCUUAAUCAGCCAGACUUUUAGCGUUUUUCGGGAACAAUGCACACAUCACGGUGCACUUUGGCUCCGAUCUGAAGGGUCGCAGUGAGAGGGGCGGGACGUGUGGCUUCACUGAUGGAUUGUGGCCACCAGGGGGCGCUCUGAGUCAGAGCUCCACAGAGGAAUCCACAGGGUUUGUGGAAUGGAAGAAAUGAAUUGUGAUAUAAAUACUGAAGAUAUUUGUGAUAUUGUAGUCUUGAAAAAACCCCAGGAAGCAAUCAUGUAGCACAUAAAGCCUCACUCCUCUGUUUGUUUUGUACGUUAACUUCUCAUGUGUCUUCCAUGUUAAAAGAACUCUUUUGUCGCUGUGUUUGCACAAUGACGAAAAGCUGGAAAAAGUCAGCAAGCAGACCUCAUGUUAAGUAAAAGAAAGGCUUUGUUUUACAGGUGCAUCAUUUCUCAAAAUGGUCCUUGUAAUAAUUUGCUCAGAAGUUUCCUGGUCAGUUUGAUGCAGAAUCACAUCUUCAGUUAUCAAUUAAUCAUGAAUAAACAUUUAUUUGAGUUUAGGUGGAGCAGUUCAGGCAAGAAAAUUCCUCAUUUUUCUCAUAAUUCAUACCAAAUUACGGAUUAUUUCCAGGUAACUACUGGGUAGGAGUUUACACGCCUGUAAAAUAAAGCGUCUCAGACCUUUUUCUUGUUGGUGGUUGUGUAAACUUUUUUUUUUUCAUUUUUUUACUUUGAAUAUUUGCACUUACUGUUUGCAUUUUAUUGUGAAAAUCCAGUACUAAAAUGUCAUCAUCCACUGUUAUUCAUUCAGUCCAAAGUUUACUGUUCUCUCACAUUGUUUUUUUAUUCAAACAGGAUUUGUUAGUUUUAUGUACUCUGAAUGUUUGGCGUUCUUUUCAGGCCUGUUUUAUGUGUCGAAUAAAUAAUUUCAUAUUAAACACAGUUUCUGUUAAAUCUGAAA